UCGUUUUUGAGUCGUCACUAGAUAUUAGGCACUAUUAGCCUUAGGGGGAAAGUAUUCCUCAGUCAAAUAUUGACUGUUUCCAUAACCGAAACCUCAACAAUUCAAAAUCUAGAAACCGAUACCCAUUUAUCACCAACCCAGAUCCCCAUUUGUCCAAAACCCCUGCCUCCCCUCAAAUCCCACCUCUCCAUGUAACCUUUCCAUCUCCUCCUCCUCAUCCUCCGGACUCCAAUUGAUCAGGACACGAGACUCGGUUGCGUGUCCCGGUUCGGUUUGAUUGGAUUAUCUCUGCCUUCUCCGGAAAAAAACACCCGACAGAGCAUGAAUUAGAGGUUUUACUAGCAAACCCAGAAAAGAUACUAGCCGAAAUGAGACCAGAAACGGUGACUUUGAUACUGGUGAACCUGGCCGGGAUCAUGGAGAAGGCCGACGAGUCUCUCCUCCCCGGCGUUUACAAGGAGGUCGGCGCCGCCCUCCACGCCGACCCCACCCGCCUCGGCUCCCUCACGCUCUUCCGGUCCAUCGUCCAGUCAUCGUGCUACCCUCUCGCCGCCUACCUCUCCGUGCACCACAACCGGGCCCACAUCAUCGCCUACGGUGCCUUCCUCUGGGCCGCCGCCACCUUCCUCGUCGCCUUCUCCUCCACCUACUUCCAGGUAGCUGUGUCCAGAGCGUUGAAUGGGAUUGGCCUUGCAAUAGUUGCACCUGCAAUUCAGUCCCUUGUAGCUGACUCAGCAGAUGACAACCACCGUGGUACUGCUUUCGGAUGGCUACAGCUAACCAGCAACCUUGGGGCAAUUGCUGGUGGACUCCUCUCUGUGUUGAUAGCUCCAAUGACAUUCAUGGGAAUUCCUGGUUGGAGAAUAUCCUUUCAUCUUGUAGGCAUAAUCAGCGUCGUAGUGGGUAUAUUAGUUCGCCUUUUUGCCAAUGAUCCACACUUUCCAGAUAAAAGUGGCACUAAGAUUGAUGACCGAAGUCCGAGAAAAUCCUUCUGGUCAGAAGUGGAAGGCCUUGUUCAGGAAGCCAAAUCAGUUGUGAAGAUUCCAUCCUUUCAGAUUAUUGUGGCUCAGGGUGUUACAGGUUCAUUUCCGUGGUCAGCUUUGUCAUUUGCUCCCAUGUGGCUGGAACUGAUUGGCUUCUCCCAUGAGAAGACUGCAUUUUUGAUGGCUAUGUUUGUGGUUUCUUCUUCGCUUGGGGGACUGUUUGGAGGUCGUAUGGGGGACAUGUUAUCGAGCCAUCUCCCAAAUUCUGGAAGGAUUAUACUGUCGCAGAUAAGCUCAGCAUCGGCCAUUCCUCUGACAGCUAUACUACUACUAGCUUUACCCAACAAUCCCUCCACUAUGGGACCACAUCUGUUGGUAUUAUUUGUUACAGGGUUCUGCAUAUCCUGGAAUGCUCCUGCUACAAACAAUCCGAUUUUUGCAGAGAUAGUCCCAGAGAAGUCCCGAACGAGUAUAUAUGCUUUGGAUAGAUCAUUCGAGUCCGUACUAUCAUCAUUUGCUCCUCCAGUGGUUGGCUUACUGGCUCAGCAUGUUUAUGGCUAUAAGCCCAUCUCUGAAGGAUCUGAAGAUAUUGCUACGGACAGGGGGAAUGCCGCUUCGCUCGCAAGGGCACUAUACACAGCAAUUGGAGUACCCAUGGCGCUUUGUUGCUUCAUCUAUUCUUUUCUCUACUGCACCUACCCAAGAGACAGGGAGCGGGCCAAAAUGGACGCUUUGAUAGAAUCAGAGAUGCAAAUGCUAGAGUCUGAUGGUAGGCAUCCAAGACAGCAGAGUUCUCAAGUUCGGCUCCCUGAAUCGAAAGAGCUUUAUUUGGAUGAACAAAGCGUUGUUGAAAUAGAUUAUGAAGGGGGGAGAGAGAGUCUUGAUUUCGACGAUGGCGAUGAGAAGACGUUACUUUACCGCCAGUUGACAUUUUCCAAUUUCGGGAAAUAGCUUCCCGGAGGAGGAAGAGCCGGCUUGACCUCUCAAAGCUUCCAUCGCUAUGAUCUGCUCGCAUCAUUGGAAUUCUUUCGUGAAACCUCGGUUAAUACACAUCACACUGGAGAAUUACAGUUUGUAAAGAUAACAGCAAUUUCUAUAGGAUAGUCAUGAUGCUUUAGGAUUCGCGCACGAACAAGAAUCUAUCACCCGAGUAGACGAAUUGUUGUCAUCAACCAGAAACAAUUGAAAGCUGUUGGAAUUUCUAGAGCAUGUUUGGAUUUUUUAUUUCUAACCGCGAUUUUGUAUACCAUAUACAACCCUUCCGUUCGUUGUAUACAAACAUUGAUAUCUGUAGAUCUGGAAAUUUAUUUACCACUUUGCUGUC